CAUACCGGCAGCUACACGAACCGAACCCGUACACUUCCGUUUACAGCACUGUCAAGAUCAAACUAAAAAAAUGAAUUUCGUUACAUAAAUCGCUGUCCUGUUGUCAUUUGGGGUCCAAGUCCUCUCAAUGCAGAGUUUAGAACUCAAAUCAUGGAAACUGACUCACAGACGCCUCUGGAGGUGGCAGCCCUUGGAAGACCCUUCCAGCUGGGGAUGCUGUAUGAUUGCCGUAAUGAUUGUCUCAUUACAGGAAUUACAAUGUGGGAUCUUGAAGACCUUAAAAAAGACUCGGAUGAAAGAAUUCAGCACAACACCGAAUUUGAUGUCAUUGCAUCUGAUUCUGUAGAGGAUAAGGCAUGGGCUUUGGAUGUUGAUGCUUCACUAAAAGCGAGUUUCGUAGGGGGAAUGAUUGAAGUGGGUGGAUCUGCCAAAUAUCUUAAGGACAAAAAGGCUUCAAAAAAACAGGCACGUGUCACCCUGAAGUAUAAAACAACUACGAAGUUCAUGCAGCUGUCUAUGAGUCACCUUGGACAAGGAAAUGUUAAACACCCAUAUGUGUUUGAGAAGGGAAUAGCCACACACGUGGUAACAGCAGUGCUGUACGGUGCUCAGGCAUUUUUUGUUUUUGAUCGAGAAGUGUCAGAAAGUGAGGACCAAAAAAACAUUGAGGGGAACCUGCAAGUGAUGAUAAAGAAAAUACCAUCCUUGUCAGUCGAAGGGGGGGCUUCCUUAAAGCUGUCAGACACUGACAGAGCUACUGUUGAAAAGUUGUCUUGUAAAUUCUAUGGGGACUUUGCUCUGAGACAGAACCCCGUUUCCUUCCAGGAUGCUGUAAAAGUAUACACAACACUUCCAGCUCUGCUGGGUGAAAAGGGGGAAAACGCUGUGCCAGUAAGGGUGUGGUUACUCCCCUUGGAAAUCUUAGAUUCUUCUGCUGCCAGAAUAGUGCGUCAGAUCAGUGUCAGAUUAAUAAAUGAAACACAGAGUGUGACAGAGUACUUCAAUGAAAUAGAAAUGCAAUGCAAUGAUGUUAUGAAACGAAAGAUUGUUGCACGCUUUCCUGAAAUUGGCAAAAAGGUGAAAUCCUUCAAAGAUAUGUGUUUGGAGUACAAAUCAGUGUUUCAGAGAUCUUUGUCAAGCAUUCUACCAUCAAUUCGUGGAGGUGGAACAGAGGAAUGUGUGCUUGCAAACAUCCUAAGAAAGAAGAAACAGUCUCCUUUCAAUAGCAAUAAACUUAAGAAAUGGCUGGACUGCAAAGAGGAAGAAAUCAACCUGCUCCAAACAUACACUGACAUGAUGGAAGACACAAGAAUUCUGGCUUCAAAUAGUGAGCUUCAAAGUGAAAUCUUGAAAAAUAGAGAUAAGAAUGUAGUGUGCUUUGCUUUAACAUCACUGGGUGAGGAGGAGCCGUAUCUGUCCUGCUUGGCGAGUCAUUUAAAGGCUCUUUCAACUGCAAAGCUAACAGAACCAACAGAGGAAGAUGGGAAGGAUGUCGAGCCGUGUGAGUUUUACUUCUCAGAUGCUGUGUCAGAAAAAAUGAAAGAACAAGCAAUCCUCUUCAUAGAUUUUGCAAAGGCAAACAAGGAGAACAAGAAAACACACUUUAUAGCUGCAUCCAUACCUAAUGAUAAGCACAAAGGGGCAAGUAUUUACCUUUACAAACAUGGGAUUAAAAAAAGUGACCAUUUUGAGCCUCCGUCAAAGCCAGAAAGACCAAAUGCAUCUGACGUCACUCAUGACAGUGUGACAAUAAAGCUGAGUCACCCCCAGUAUGGAUCCAGUGAAAUCACACACUACCUGGUUGAAUACUGUGCUAAUGAGUCAGAUGGUUGGCAAUUUAUUAAAGUACCCAAAUCUAACCUAGAAUGUACUGUGUCUGGGCUGCUUCCCCACACAGGCUACAGGUUCAGAUACAAGGCAGUGUGUCCAGCAGGUGUCAGUCUAACCAGUGAAGCUGAGAGCAUUAAAACUUUGCCCACAAGUCCUCCUGGGAAGCCAAGACAAACAUAUGUAGGCUUAGAGGAGAUUGUAGUUUCUUGGACAAAACCUGAUUCAAUUGGCCAUGGUGUCAACAUUGAAAACUAUGUUGUUGAAUACAGAACUGAAACAAAUGAAAAUAAGGCAUACUGGGAAAAUAAGACUAGUAAUGGUGAAGUCUUUGAAAUUACUGGACUAAAGCCAGAUACAGCAUAUUAUAUUAGAAUUAAGUGCAACUGUGGUGAAUCUGGUCAAAGCAAAGAAAGUAUGACAGUCUCUGUUUCAACAUUGUCAGGAACCACAACAGUAUCUGAAAAGAUAAAUCGAAAAAGAGUGAAUGUCAUAGCCAAGGGGUCCCGUCUGUGUACAAGGUCCGCUUUCAGGAGACACACACAAACUUAGAUGGAUGCAAGAGAUAUGCUUUUGGCAAAGAGAACACCAGGGACCAUCGAACCAUUAUGGUCAUUGGGGCAACAGGAGCAGGAAAAUCAACCCUAAUAAACGGAAUGAUCAACUAUAUUUUGGGUGUUAAGUG